AUGUUGCAGCGGAACGAAACCAAAACGACAAGCAUGUUCGACAGAAGCAAGUGGAGCUUGUCGGCAAUGUCCAGCCAAACCAUCAAAAAAAAUGACAAGUUCAGAUGCAGGUGCCUCAAGGCUUUGAUCAACUCACCCUCUUUGCCUCAAAUUGCACUUUUGGAGGUCAAGGCCGUAGUGUUAGAUUCCCUAGAUAGAUUCUUGAGUUCAGAUGAAGGCCUCAGAGUUUCUUUGUCUUCAUUACUGAAAGAGAGGUUAGGCUCAUUUUGGAGUUUAUACAUACAUGCUGGGCAGGCAUGUUUGAGCCGCCAGUCAAAUAAAGGCCAAAGGCGAUAG